AUGAAUCCAACAGAUGAAUCAUAUGCUAAGAUUAAAAAUAUCAUCAUAAAAGAUAUUGUUGAUGCUGAUGAACACAUGGUAGUGUAUUUAGUUUAUGAUCCUCAUUAUGAAACGCACUUUGCUCUGAAAGUAAUUCCUGAAAAUCGUUUUCGUCAAUCAGAAAUCAAUCUAAUGAACGAAAUUGAUGAUCCUUCAAUUGUUCGAAUGUAUAAUUACGAGCACUAUGAAGGAUUUAUCUACAUUUUAUACGAAUUUUGCCAAGCCUCAUUAUAUUCCAUUAUCAAACAAAAGAAUUACUUAGAUGGUGAUAAUUUAAUCCGCUAUUCAUGCGGUAUUCUGAAGGCAAUUCAAGCAUGUCAGAAUAAUAAAAUCGCUCAUUUAGACAUAAAGCCAGAAAACAUACUUCUUGAUGAUUAUGAUAGGAUAAAGAUAUGCGAUUUUGGCCUUAGCAUCAAAUACGAAAACAAGGACACAGAACUUCACUAUGGUGGCUCAAUCCCAUUCAUUGCUCCAGAAAUAUUAGACAUGAAGCCAUAUAAUCCAUUUAAAGCAGAUAUAUGGUCAAUAGGUGUCACAUUUUUUGUUAUGGCAACCGGAUUUUUCCCUUGGAUCGGAGCUGAUGAAACAGAAUUGUGUCAAAAUACUUUGCACAAGAAACCACAGCUAGAACUUAUUAGAAAUCAUGAAUUUCAAAAAGUUAUUGGUUGCUGUCUAUCCAAAAACCCCGAAGAGAGACCAACAGUUGAUCAAUUACUUAAUAUGGCCAUAUUUAGGCAAAAUUCUCUCUCAAAUCAGGCUUUACCAACGAUUCUCCCAAGAUUAUAUAAUGCUAGACCUCGUAUAAAACAUACCACAUGUAUAUUCAAAACGCCAAAAAGAAAUUCACUUUAA